GCGACCGAAGUUGGGACGCCGUGAGGCAUAGUCGUGCAGGGAGCCGUUGAUGGGCCUGGUUGCUAUCUUUCAGAGAGAUGCAAACUGACCUACAAAGAUGAGUGGGAUUCCGGACAGGUCAUGGCAGCCACCCACUGUCAGCAUGCAGACCACGAUGGGUGAGAUUGUGGUCGAGCUGUACUGGAAGCAUGCUCCAAACACCUGCAGGAACUUUGCAGAACUCUCGAGGAGGGGAUACUAUAAUGGUUGCAAGUUUCACAGGAUCAUCAAAGAUUUCAUGAUUCAGGGUGGUGACCCGACGGGCACCGGUCGCGGCGGCGCCUCCAUCUAUGGCCAGACGUUCGCCGACGAGAUCUCGCCUGAGUUGAAGCACACCGGCGCCGGCAUCCUCUCGAUGGCCAACUCCGGCGCCGACACCAACGGCAGUCAGUUCUUCAUCACGCUGGCGCCCACCCAGUGGCUGGACAGCAAACACGCAUCUUUGUUCGCUGUCUCGUCCGCAGGUCGUGUCCGGACGGGCAUGGACGUAGUCAAGCGGAUGGGAAUGGUGGAGACCGGCUCGGACGACCGGCCGGUGGACGACGUGAGAAUCACGCGAGCCGAGGCCAGCGGCGCGUGACGAACCGCCCGCUUGUCAUCGUGCCCCAUCGGCCGCUCCCUCCGGCUUCAUGUCAGAAAUACAUC